AUGACUGAAGCUGGAAAGGCUAUGCUUGCAGCCAAAAAACGGUUGGAAGAAGACGAUGCUGCUAAAUUACAAGAUUAUGAAGAUCGUCGAAGAUUAGAAAGAGAGAGAGAAGAAGAAGAAUUGAGAAUUUUAAAAGAGAAGCAAGAACAAAGACGUCUUCAAAGAGAAGAGGAAGAAAGGGAACAAGAAGAGAGACGAAAAGCUGAAGAGGAAAGAAGAAAAGCGGAAGAGGAAGAACGUAAAGCCAAAUUAGAAGCUCAACGUAAGCAAAAAGAAGAGGAAAAGAAGAAACGUCAACAAAUGAUGGGGGGAGGAAUGCCAUUUGCUGUUGGAACACCUACGGGAGGGCGUAAUUUUAUUUUGCCAGAGAAAAAGAAGGAUCAAAGCGAGAAAUUUGGGAAUAUUGUACAGGCUAAACAGGAAAUGGGAAUGACAAAAGAUCAACGAGAAGAAGCCAAAAAGAAUUUUGUUGCUCAAGUUAUGAAACAAUUGGGGGAUUUAACUUCUUUAGGUGGAUCUGAAUUAAAAUUAAAAGAAUUAAAUGAACGACAACGUCAAAUAAAUAGACAAAAAUUACAGUCAAAAGGAAUGGACCCAAAUUCUGCAAAUUCUCGAUAUCCUGUAAAAUAA